CCAUAAAGACAAGCACCGGCUCGUGACUCAAUCAAAACUAGCUUUUACCGGAACUAACAAGAGCAGAUGCGCCUGGUUUUUACUCUGAAUUUAUAGGAAUAUAACAGACUAAACGGCAAGAGUAGCUACGUUCAUAUAGUUAUUUAGCUUUACAUAGCUUUCUAAAUUUGUUAAAGUUCAAACUAAUCGUUUCCCGUGACUGUCUAUUUCAUGAUCCCGCGCGCGCUACUGAGCAAAUUGUGCGCGGGCUAGACAUUAGCUAGUCUUCCUUUUCAUCAUUGACAACUUUUGCGACGUGUGUUGCCGUUGUGGGAUUUGACUAUCAUAAAUUGACCAGCAGCAGGAUGUUCUGCCAUUCACCUACAGUGACUGUUGAACAAUGGGUGACCAUUUAGUCUGCAUGAUAGCCCAGAGCCAAAGAAACCCUAACAAAGCUAGUAAAAUUACAGGAUAGCAAUACGCCCACACUUUACCUCAUUAUAAUUUUCAGUCAGGGACAACUCAUAGGCUACUCUCAGUGAGUUUAGUUAACCCCCAAACCCCUACGGGUUAGGGUCUUGAAGAGAAGUUACUGUAUACACACAUCGAUACCUCUUUCAUUUUGCUGCUUGCAAAUAUCACAUCUAUUUUCAUAUACAUUCCCUUAUAUAUUGUGAAGCAAAUAAAUCUUUAGAGCAAUCAAUCACGCACAAUGGUUUCGACAACUCUCGCAACCCUCACCCUGGCGGGCACCACACUAGGGAUUAUGGCCCAGGUCACUGGUGGACCACUGACAGACUACAUGUGGCUCCUCAUAGUGGGCUUUAUCAUCGCCUUCAUCCUAGCCUUUUCUGUGGGGGCCAAUGACGUGGCCAACUCGUUUGGUACUGCAGUGGGCUCUGGAGUGGUCACCUUGCGGCAGGCCUGCAUCCUGGCCACUAUCUUUGAGACCGUUGGCUCUGUGCUUCUGGGAGCCAAGGUCAGCGAGACCAUCCGCAAGGGCAUCAUCGACGUGGGCAUGUACAACGGCUCUGAACACGUGCUGAUGGCUGGCUCUGUCAGCGCCAUGUUUGGUUCUGCUGUAUGGCAGUUGGUGGCCUCUUUUCUCAAGCUGCCCAUCUCAGGUACCCACUGCAUUGUGGGUGCUACCAUUGGCUUCUCUCUGGUGGCCAGAGGUCAGCAGGGGGUCAGGUGGCUGGAACUCCUCCGGAUUGUUGCCUCCUGGUUCCUCUCCCCCCUUCUGUCUGGCAUCAUGUCAGGCGUCCUUUUCUACUUUGUACGUAUGUUCAUCUUGCACAAGAAAGACCCAGUGCCCAACGGUCUGAAGGCCCUGCCUGUCUUCUAUGCUGUCACUAUGAUGAUCAACCUGUUCUCCAUCAUCUUCACUGGAGCUCCAAUGCUUGGAUUUGACAAGAUCCCAUGGUGGGGCACACUGCUCAUCUCUUUGGCCUGUGGUGUGCUGACCGCCCUGUUGGUCUGGUUCAUCGUCUGCCCACGCCUCAAGAAGAAGAUUGAACGAAAAAUCAAGUCUUCAAGCCCCUCUGAGAGCCCCCUGAUGGAUAAGAGGGAACUGAGGGAGGAGCCUGUGCCCUCUACCAUCCUGAAGCCUGUCCCUGAGGAGCCCCCUUCACCCCCUUCCCCUGCUGACCCAGACACCCCCUCCCCUGCCUUCCCCGCUGACCCAGACACUCCCUCCCAGGUUCCCCAAGAGGAGCGCAGGGUAACUUUUGACAUUGGUGAUUCUGAAGAUGGCGACAACAAGGAAGGCAAGGAGUCUGAGAAUGGCAACGCCAAUGUCCAAAAAGUGCAGUUCAGCAAUGAUGUGCAAUUCAGCAACGGCCCAGCCCACGUCCCCAGCAACGGUUACAGCCAGUAUCAUACGGUGCACAAGGACUCUGGCCUCUACAAGGACCUGCUGCACAAGCUCCACCUUGCCAAGGUAGGCGACUGCAUGGGCGAGGCAGGCGACAGACCGAUCCGCCGCAACAACAGCUACACCUCUUACACCAUGGCCAUCAUCGGCAUGCACGGGGACUUCCGGCCCAAAGAGGGCGAGUUCCACGCCAGCGAGGACAAGGGUACAGAGGAGAAGAAGAAGCGUGUGCGCAUGGACAGCUACACCAGCUACUGCAACGCUGUGGCUGAGCACGGGGCUCCCGAGGGCCUGGGGGAGGCAGAGGUGACUCUGGAGAUGGGAGAGGAGGACGCUGGCAGCAGCCGCAGCUCUCUGGAGGAGGAUGGGCAGGACUGUGACCGCCCCGAGGUCUCUGAGCUCUUCAGGUUUCUCCAGAUCCUCACCGCCUGCUUUGGCUCCUUCGCCCAUGGAGGCAACGACGUCAGCAAUGCCAUUGGUCCCUUGGUAGCUCUGUGGCUGGUUUACAAUAGUGGUUCGGUGAACUCCAGUGCCCCCACACCCAUCUGGCUGCUGUUGUACGGAGGAGUUGGCAUCUGCCUCGGGCUCUGGGUGUGGGGUCGCAGGGUUAUCCAGACCAUGGGCAAGGACCUCACCCCCAUCACGCCCUCCAGUGGUUUCAGCAUUGAACUUGCCUCAGCCCUGACCGUUGUGGUUGCCUCCAACAUUGGCUUGCCUGUCUCCACCACCCACUGCAAGGUGGGCUCUGUGGUAGCGGUUGGCUGGCUGCGCUCCAGGAAGGGUGUGGACUGGCGUCUGUUCCGCAACAUCUUUCUGGCCUGGUUUGUGACUGUGCCCAUCUCUGGCCUGAUCAGCGCUGCCAUCAUGGCCCUCUUCACCUAUGUCAUCCUGUGAGCCCAGGGCUGCCUGCACCCCACAACAGGGGAGGAGAGAACACACGCCCACUCGCACCAGGGGAGAGAGAGCGUAAAGAGAAGGUGUUGGAAGGCGGAUAUAGCCCGCUAACCCCUUGCCAACACACCCGAAGGAAAGAAAUACAUUUUUAAAAAAUGUGUUAAAGGAAAAAAAGGACGUUGUGAUAUGGGCAUGUGGUUCUUGGCUGCAUCAUUUCCAACCUUAAGUGAUGGUUGUGUUCGUUUAUGCUCCAGAUCACUUCCAAUGGGAACAUUUUGUUUUCUUUGUCAUUGUUUUUUUUUCUGACUUGGCAGAAAUUAUUUUUCAAUGCUCAUGAUCUUGUAAAAAUAGCUAAUCAAAUCAUCAACUAAAUGUUUUUUUUUAUUAUACUCCACUACUUUUUUUUAACCGUGUAAUUAUGUACAUAUGCCAUAUUCCUGUUUAUAAUCUUAUUUUACAAGUUUGGAUGACAAAACAACAAUUACAAUGCAGUAUUAGCCUUUA